AUUUUUCUCUUUCUCUACCGGCCUACCCAAGUACCUAAAUCAGCCGUGAUCUUUUUUUGCGACUCGUUCUCGUUCUUUUCUCUUUAUCGUUAUUCUAUUCUUCGUUCAAAUUUAUUCUUUAGCUCAAAAGGAAAUACCAAUCGACAUUGCUAUUAUCGUAUAGACGUUAUUAUAUAAAUGGAGACUUAGUAACAUAUAUUCCUUAUACUCUUUAUAACCGGCGUGUCAUUUAUGAAGCGCCACUCGUUUACUUGAUCGCGUGCUCAAGUCGAAGUAUUAGAUGAUGGCAGAUACCGACAUGAAAAAGCCGGUCAGUACCGCCGACGAUGCGGUCCGUGACUUGCUUAGCGAAGCCGAUGCGGGAUCGGCCGACCAAAUGCUCGUGUCCCUCGGUUACACUCCCGAGCUGUCGCGGAAUCGGUCCACUCUACAGGUUGCUUUCAUGUCUUUCGUCCUGGCAUCGAUUCCGUAUGGUUUAGCUACGACUCUCUAUUACCCUCUGGUCGGAGGCGGACCGGUCAACAUCAUCUGGGGAUGGGUUGCUGUGUCGAUGAUUAUUAUUUGUGUUGCCGCGUCGCUCGGCGAAAUUACGAGCGUAUAUCCAACUGCCGGUGGUGUUUAUUACCAGACGUUCAUGCUGGCACCUCCUCGCUGGCGUCGCAUUGCUGCUUGGACCUGUGGUUGGCUUUACGUGGUCGGAAAUGUUACCAUUACCUUAGCCGUCAACUUCGGCACGACGUUAUUUUUGAUCGGAUGCGUCAAUGUGUUUGAGACUGCGGAUGGUCAAGCUGUGCUCGCCGGUGAAUCCUAUCAAGUCUUCCUCAUCUUCCUAGCCAUUACGCUUCUUUGCAAUGCCGUUUCGUCGCUAGGCAAUAAAUGGCUACCUAUUCUCGACACCUUUGCAAUUUUUUGGACCUUUGCUGGUGUUAUUGCUAUCAUGGCCUGCGUCUUGGCCAUUGCUAAGGAAGGUCGCCGCGAUGCCAGUUGGGUAUUCACGCAUUUCGAGGCUAACUCUGGCUGGACACCCGGUUGGUCUUUCAUCGUCGGUCUCUUACAUGCCGCCUACGCUACUUCUUCUACCGGCAUGAUCAUCUCCAUGUGCGAAGAGGUCCGAGCGCCGGCUACGCAGGUACCCAAGGCCAUGGUAUUGACGGUGUGCAUCAACACCGUAGCUGGGUUGAUGUUUAUGAUUCCGUUAGUGUUUGUUCUUCCCGAUAUUCAAGGACUCAUCGUGCUCGCGCAACCCGUCCCGGCGAUUAUCAAGAGCGCAAUAGGAAACUCCGGGGGCGCAUUCGGUCUGCUAAUUCCUCUCCUCGUUUUGGCGCUCAUAUGCGGCAUCGGCUGCACGACUGCCGCAUCGCGGUGCGUCUACGCAUUUGCUCGCGACGGCGCCAUUCCCGGCUCAAAGUGGUGGAAGCAAAUCAACCAUAACCUCGACGAUGUUCCCUUGAACGCGAUGAUGCUCAGCAUGGUUGUUCAGAUCAUCCUCGGCCUUAUCUACUUCGGCUCGUCGGCUGCUUUCAAUGCUUUCUCGGGCGUCGGAGUUAUUGCGCUGACGGCGUCUUAUGCUACGCCGAUCGUUGUCAGUAUGCUCAAUGGACGCCAGACCGUCCGCACCGGCAGCUUCUACCUAGGCCCGAUCGGAUGGUUUUGUAACAUCGUGUCUCUAUGCUGGUCUCUAUUGGCCAUUCCGUUAUUCUGUAUGCCAACUACCGUUCCGGUGCUGGAUCCUUCUCUUAUGAACUACGCUUCGGUGGUCUUUGUAGGAUUUACGGCAAUUUCGGCUGGAUGGUAUUUCGCCUGGGGCCGUAAGAACUACUCCGGCCCUCCGACGUGAUUUUUCGAACUUUUAGAUACAGAGCGUGGGUUUGUCCGCCUUGUGUGCAUCUCGAUCUGCCCGUGCCUUGUCGCCCUAUGCUCGCUAUUCAGAUGUGAUACCCAAGAGAGUGAAAGAUUGCGAUCAAUAUUGUGUGCGGACAAGAGUUGUGAUGAAUAUUAAUGGCGAUAGUUCACGAGCCGAUACACCAUACGAGCUCCGGCGAGUACAGCCACAUUAUA